UUCAUUUUCAAAAUAUAACCUAAAUUAAUAAUUUCUCUAAUGAUUUGACGAUGGCUGUUUUUAGAGCUUUGGGGCGAAAUAUCCCCUAUUUAAGGCAACAAUUCGGGGCCCUGCUGGGAAACACGAGCAAGUCAGUGAAGUUUAUUUGCGGGGUUGUGCUUAUAAGCUAUGGGCUUACUUACUUCUGGGAUGCUCAGUUUAUACAGGAUUACAUAUCUGUUACACCAGGAUUUAUUAUGCCCCCUACACGAAUUUGGUCUUUAUUCAUCUUUUGUUUUAUGGAAAUACAUUUUUGGGAGGUCCUGGUGGAUAUCAUUACGGUAGGAUUAUGUGGAAAACUGAUAGAGCCUCUGUGGGGUCCCAUGGAAAUGAUGACAUUCUUUGCACUAGUAAACUUUGGUGUUGGAUUAAUAACAACAGUUUUUUACUUUAUAUUGUAUUACUGCGUGGAUGACGCGACGUUUUUGUAUCAUGUGCACAUUCAUGGACUUGCAGGCUACAUUGCCGGUGUAUCUGUGGCAGUCAAACAAAUUAUGCCUGAUCUAGUCAUUAUGAAAACACCUCUCGGGAAAUUAAGUAACAGAAAUAUACCUUUAGCUGUCUUUUUUCUGUCUUUAAUUUUUAAACUUAUUGGAUUGGUAGAUGGUACCUAUCCUACAAUGUACUUUUGGGGUAUGAUCAUCAGUUGGGUUUAUUUGAGGUUUUAUCAGAAGCACAGUGGUUCUAGAGGAGAUAUGGCUGAUUAUUUUACAUUUGCAAGCUUUUUCCCAAAUGUGAUCCAACCCCCAAUUGCUGUGGUAAGCAACAGUAUUUACAAUGCCUUUGUAAAGAUUGGGCUCUGUAAGAAGAGCUUGAGAAAAUUUGAUAUGGCAAACCCAUCUGGAGUCACCGUUACUGUGCCUGGUGUAGAUCAGCAUGAUAUGGAGAGAAGAAGACAAAUCGCUCUUAAAGCCCUAAGUGAACGUUUAUCAAAACCACAAAGUAGUGACAAGCAGCCACUUUUACCACUAACAGUGAGCAGUCCAAAAGUGUCACUUCCACCGAGGGUAAUUCCAAGCACAGUAGGUGUGUCAGCUACUGCACAAGUUAAUAAUCAGCAGGAGUCCAAUGUCACGGAAACACCAUCAGUUUCCAGUACAUCUAGCAGUAUAUUUAUUCCUAAUACUACUACUUCAGGUACUUAGCUUAUUUAAGGUCUUUUGGGUGUUAACGUUUUUCUUUUUUGCGCACUUUCCUUCAUGUAUAUUAUGUAACGAUUAUUGUGAUGUAUUAGGGUUAAGAUAGCAAUAAAAGAACUAUAUUUUAUUGUGAAUUUAUUGCACAGAA